AUGGACAUUGCCAUUCGGGAUUUUUGUGCAACUAUUACAGAUGAUGAUUGUGUACUAAUUUAUUUUUCAGGACAUGGGAUGGAAGCUAAAGGUAAAAACUAUUUGGUGCCAAUUGAAAACAUACGCGAUCCUGUAUUUGAUUGUAUCAAUCUGGAAGAACUGUUAAAACAAUUGAAUAACUGUGGAGAUAAUUUAUUAAAUAUUAUUAUACUCGAUGCAUGUCGUGCUGACAAAGAAAAUGAUACGUGGAAAACGAAGGCUACAAGUGCGGAAAAUGAACACAAACUCAAACCUGCCUUUGGCAAAGCCCUGUCAGGACAUGUUCGUCUACCUAAUCAAUCUCAGUUUGCCUUAAUAUAUUCAGCUGAUCCUGGUACGGUAUCAUUUGCUGCCGGUCGUCAUACGAAUGGAAACAGUUACUUUACACAUUCACUAUUAAACCAUAUUUCGACACCAAAUAUAACGCUAGAAGAUAUGAUGAGAGGUGUCUCACGAGAAAUAAGAUCAGAAUCAGAACAAAAACAACGACCAUGGACAAAUUCAUGUCUUCAUGAAGCGUUUUAUUUUAACAAAGACGGAGUUCAAACGAAAAAGGAUAAAUUUCAACAAUUUGGAAUUACUGUUGCUGGAGGAAAUGGAUAUGGACAGGAAUUAAAUCAACUCGCUUAUCCUCAUGGAAUCUUUAUUGACAAUGAUAACUCAAUUUAUAUUGCCGAUUCUAAGAAUGGUCGUAUUGUUAAAUGGAGAUUAAAUUCAAAUACUGGUCAAAUCAUUGCCGGUGGAAAUGGAAGAGGGAAUGAAAAUAAUCAAUUCAAUUUUCCAAAAAAUAUAAUUUUUGAUAAAGAAAAUAGUUCUUUUAUUGUUUCUGAUCAUUUUAACAGCCGAGUAAUUCGAUGUUUUGAUCAAAGUCAAACAAAUCAACAAAUUAUUAUUUCAAAUAUUGAUUGUGUUGGUCUAGCAAUCGAUAAAAAUGGAUUUAUUUAUGUUUCUGAUCAUAAGAAUCAUGAAGUAAGACGAUGGAAAAUGGGAGAAUAUAAAAAGGAAGGAAUUAUAGUGGCAGGUGGAAAUGGUCAAGGAAAUCAUCUUAAUCAACUCAAUCAACCUACUUAUAUCUUUAUUGAUAAAGAUUAUUCUCUUUAUAUAUCAGAUGAACAGAAUCAUCGUGUAAUGAAAUGGAGAAAAGAUGCAAAAGAAGGAAUUAUUGUUGCUGGUGGAAAUGGUCAAGGAAAUAGUCUCAAACAAUUGAAUUAUCCUCAUGGAGUAAUUGUUGAUAAUUUGGGUCAAAUCUAUGUGGUAGAUUAUUGGAAUGAUCGAGUAAUGCGUUGGUGUGAAGGAAACGAAGAAGGUGAAAUUGUUGUUGGUGGAAAUGGUCAAGGAAAUCAAUCAAAUCAAUUGCAUUUUCCUACAGGUUUAUCAUUUGAUACUGAACAGAAUCUUUAUGUUGUUGAUCGUUUCAAUGAUCGUAUCCAAAAAUAUGACAGAAUUUUAAAUUAA